AUGGGUGGGUGGUGGGUUGUCGUGGAGACACACAAACACACUCUUGAUGUGAGGUUCCUCGAGCCUAAAUUAAAUAUAAAGCACAAAUGUUUCUCUCAAAAGGUCAAAUUCGAGUUCGAGUUCGAGUUCGAGUUCGAGUUCGAGUUCGAGUUCGAGUUCGAGUUCAAGUUCAAGUUCGAGUUCAAGUUCAAGUUCGAGUUCAAGUUCAAGUUCGAGUUCAAGUUCAAGUUCGAGUUCAAGUUCAAGUUCGAGUUCAAGUUCAAGUUCGAGUUCAAGUUCAAGUUCGAGUUCAAGUUCAAGUUCGAGUUCAAGUUCAAGUUCGAGUUCAAGUUCAAGUUCGAGUUCAAGUUCAAGUUCAAGUCCAUUUGUAAGGACUACGGAAACACGAACUAA